GCUCUCCCAAACUCAUCUGUUUUUCCACUCCUCCAAAACAAACUGCCCCUGCAUCCUUCCUCCCGUGCGUAUUGUCCGGAAGUCGCAUUGGAAGCAAAGAAGCAACUGGACUACUUUCUUGGACCAGUUAGAUGAUCCUGCUGCAGAGAUAGAUUGCAAGAAGCCGACAGGUCAUCAGCUAUCCGUCAUUGUCAUCCAGGAACUGCAACUGGGAUCGUAGUUGAAUGAGCCUCUGAAUAAGAGCUGCGACAUCACCAAAACAUCAAAUCCAAAUACCUACCUUACCUACAUCAACCAGCUUCCUAAAUUUACCGCUUUGGCAUGGCCUAUACGGAUGAUGCCGUGCUCUCAAAGCUGUCAGCUCUUAAUGAGAGUCACGAGAGUAUCGCCACCACAGCGCAAUGGAUCAUGUUUCAUCGGCGACAUGCGGCCCAGACGGUCCACCUGUGGCUGACCAAGCUCAAAGACCUUCCCAGCGCCAAGAGGCUGAACAUGAUCUACCUCGCCAACGAGGUCACGCAACAAUCCAAGGCACGCCACAAGGAUGAUUUCCUGAAUGCAUUUUCUCCGUUUAUCGCAGAUGCCACGGCAGUUGCAUACAAAGGGGCCCCGGUAGACGUGCAAGGGAAGUUACGAAGAGUCGUGGACGUAUGGAGGGACCGGAGUAUUUUCAACAAAGAGGUCUUGCAGGAUCUAGAUGCUAAGCUCGCGGAGAUUGACCGGGCACGCCCAACAGCCCAGGUUGGCUUUGGCGGUCACGCAUUCAACCCUUCAGCAGUGGCUGCGAUCCCUCCAGAGCUCAAUUCCUUGAUGAAGCCGCAGCAGGCUGUCGCGAAGGCUAUCCAGCCAAUGAGGAAUUCGCUCGGCAUCGCCAACACCGAGUACGGCAAACUGGCCGACCCGACAACUACCGCCGCGGCUCUGCCAGUCCAGGCCGCUCGACUCAAUGGCCUUCUUAAGGCACUGGCGAACGCUGAAGGCGCCGUCACACAAUGCAUCCAGGCCCGUCGAGAUCUGAUCCGGGAGCUGGAGAAGAUCCUUGCAACGAACCGUGAAGCCCUGGACUCGGAGGAGAAGCAGAUGAUGGAACUGAGCGGCCGCCGGACUGAAGUUGAGCAACGGAAGCAGGCAACCGAGCGGGCUAUUGUUGGCGGUCUCGCCACUGCCAACGCAGAGCAGCUACCUGGCAGUAAUACUUCUGGCAGCCCGGCCCCUGAACCGGACCGCCCACAAGUAGAGGCUCUCACGCCGCCCCAUGUCCAGGAUCAUGUGGAUGAUUCCUACGGCCAUCCAUCCACCGAUCAUGAGACGCAAAACGGCCAGCCCCAACCCGUCCCGUUCCACAGCGCACCUGCCCCCACCAAUGGGCAGUCUGCCUUCGCGAGCUCCGCUCCGGGCAUAGAAAUUCUUUCCAACCUCGCUUCGCAGUACCAGGCUGUGCCCCUCAACGGGUCGAAGAAACGCAAGAUUGGGGCCUCGGAUGAGUUUCCUGAUCUGGGUGCCGAUGAUGGCAUUGACGCAGACGUCAGAGAGAUGCUGAGGAAGGAUUCUCAAGCAUCUUGAUUAUUCAUCGAGGCGGCCGUGGGUAUUGAGUGUUACAUGAACACAAUGACCAAGUUGCUGGGAGCUCGCUGAUCGUUGCUCGAGAUCCGUCGUAUAGCGUUUCGAUUCACAGGUCAGACCAGGCAGGAGGCUCUUGUGUAUAGGACAUGGGAGAACAAGUAUGGCUGCGAGCCGGCAGGAGGCGAGCAAGCUUGGGGUGAUUCUGGGUUGGAGAUCGGAUGUCUUGUAGACGAAAUACUAACUAAGCGACCAUAACUCAAAGCACGCCAGACUGCCUC